AUGACGGCAAGUGCGAACAGGGUGUCGACAUACACCUCAGCCUCCGCGGGGUCGGACGGGCGCAAUGGCGAGAAGAAGGACCUCUGGAGCUCCAUGCUCGACAAUGUUGCCAGCGGCAAGCGGUUACCGGAGAAGAACAUGAUUGUGCUCGGCGGUACGCCCGAUUCUCAGCGAGAAUUUAUCGAGUCGUUGUCACAUAGUGAGAAGCGAAGCCUUGACCGACAGAGCUCUAAGACACCGCCUGUCGCAAACAGCUUUGCUCUAGGCUACACCUACUACGAUGUGCUUGAUGCUGAUCAAGAAGAUAUCCUGGCGAGAAUCUCUCUCUACAUGCUGUCGACACCUUCAGAAGCUUUCCCCAAACUCAUCCAACCCCUAAUUACGCCCGAGACGAUACCCAACACCCUAAUGGUUAUACUGCUGGACUGGUCUACGCCACACCUCUGGAUGAGGCAGCUAAGAGAGUGGAUUCUAUUCAUGCGAAGCAUCCUCGAAAACUCGAGCCAUGAAUGUCAAGCAACAAUGGAGGAGGUAAUGGUGAGCUGGCGGGAUAGGGGUAGAGGCGGCGGCUCGACCAAUCUUGAUGGCACAGGCGCAACUGCCAGCGAAGGUGACGUUGCGUUGCCGCUUGGGCCUGGUGAAUGGGAAGAAGGGAUCGGUCUGCCUCUGUGUGUCGUUUGCCAAAAUGCGGAAAAGAUGGAGGCGUUGGAGAAGACACAAGGAUGGAAAGAGGGUGACUUUGACCAAGUGCUGCAAUACCUUCGGACGGUGCUGCUCAGACACGGUGCAUCCUUGAUCUACACAACGCCGAACGUCCCCUCCUCGGCACCGAGCCUAGUCCACUCAAGCCUGGGCAUCACAUCUCUGCUCAAAAGACAACCGUUGAAACACAACGUGAUUGAUAGGGAUAAGAUCCUGGUGCCUCCAAACUGGGACUCCUGGGGUAAAAUCCGUGUGCUUCGUGACGGCUUCGACGUCGAGGCCACCAGCCAGGGUUGGUCUCACGACCUGCAGUCAACUUUCCCGUCGCCCCCAAUGACUACCGACGGGCUGAACACCAUCUCCAAAGCCAAGGCGGACGGUGACUACACAGGCGAGGUAUGGUCCUCUGCAGUCGCGCCGUACGAGGACUGGAUCCGUGACCUCAGCAGCGCAGGCAGCGCCAUCUCCUUUGCAGGCCGCGACGCGGACUCUUCGCAGUUAGAAACAUCUUCUACAGACACGCAGGAGUUCCUGGGCACGAGCUUGCAGACGCUCGAGACGUACCGCAGCAGAAGCGCCGAGGACAAGAAGGCAGAUGCGGCCAAGUCAAGGACGGGACAGCGGACGGAUGAGACAGACUCUGAUGCGUCAUUGCGGCAGGGAGACGGCAAAGUCAACCAGCAUAUUGGACCUGUGCAAUUUAACAUGGGAGGCAUCCAGGUGGAUGCAGACGACAUGGUGCAGCGGCUUAAGGACCGUCAGGCAUACAGCUCUGCGCAGGAACCGACAACGCCGCCAGCCGACACCGCCGAGGAGAACCCUGACGACAUGGACAACGACAAACUUCAGGCCUUCUUCAGCGGUCUGAUGAACCGCAAGCAACCCGCCAACGGGAGUCCACGAGGCGGCUCCUGA